GUUGCCAGACAGCUCGAUCCUGCGUUGCCAACGACAGCAAAGCCAGCGUUGCCAUCGCACACAAAGCAACAACAAACGGCGCCAAAAAAGCGUAAGCAAACUGGAAAAAAGUGCAACAACCAAAGCAUUUCGCUGCAAUAAACGGAGCACAUCACACACACGCCGCCAGCACCAUGAGCAUGAGCAUGGACGAGUCCAUCUGUGCGUACUUCGUGAACAACCAGAAGCCCAGCGACGCCGGCGGUGGCGUUGGCGGAGCUGCCCAAGAUGUGGACACCCUGGAGCAAUUCGAGGCGGCACGGGAACUUCUGGGCCAGCAGCUGGCCGAGACCCAAAUCCGGCAGAUAAAGCCCAGCGAGGGCUAUCCCCUGAUAGCCGCCGGCAAGCUAACCAAAAAGGAUGUCUUCGUGCUGGCCCAGUUCGAUGGUGACUUCUUCGAGCAACUGCAGCAGACGCGCGCCCUGAUCCUGGGGCCGCCCUGCUUGAUAACCUGCCUGCGACGCGAUGAGCCCAUACCGCUGGGCAGCAGUGCCAUCUACACCACGGCCAUGCGGGAUCUGCAGGUCUCGGCCACGGGUAUAACGCCCCAAAAGAAGGAGGAGCUAAGCAGACUCAUCCAUUGGAUGGGCGGUGCCUACUUCCAGAGUUUCGGCCAUCGCACCACCCAUCUCAUAUCGAAUACCAUCAAGUCCAGCAAGUACGAACAGGCCACUCUAAAUGGCGUGCCCGUGAUGCAUGUCGACUGGGUGCAGUACGUCUGGGAGCAGAGUCGACGCAGCCAGCGCGAAGGGAUCAGGGCCACGGAUGCCGAUUUCGAUAAGUACCGGUUGCCCAUCUUCUUUGGGGCCAACAUCACGUGCAGCGGUUUGGAUGUGGCGCGCAAGGAUCAGGUGAUGCGACUGGUCAACGAGAAUGGCGGCAUCUAUCAUCGUGCCUUUCGCUCCCAGGUGGUGGACAUUGUCAUCACCGACCAAUCGAAGACGGACACCGAGAAGUACAAGGCGGCGGUGCGCUACAAGAAGGAUAUCCUCCUGCCGGAGUGGAUAUUCGAUAGCUCACAACGUGGCUAUGCCCUGCCCACCAAGGGUUACGAGAUACGGCCGGGCAAGAAGGCCUCCACCCCCAAUAAAAGCACUCGCAUGUCCGCCACUCCUGCUGCGGAUCAGACACAAUUGUCGGAUCUCUCCAGGAUCAGUUUCGUUUCCGGUUCGCGUCGCAUGGGCAGCGAUCUGACCACCGUCAAUGAAUCCAUCAGCAGUCUGGCCGGCAAUUCGCCUGCCAAGGAUCUCCUUCGGCAGGCCACCACCAGCAGCAGCAGCGGCAGCAGCAGCAAUGGCCGUACCUAUCAGCAGGUGCUGGCCGAGAUUUGUACGCGACAGGCGAAGAAGGCGGGCGCCUUUCUCGACGGCUGCUGUGUGUACUUGAGUGGCUUUCGACCCGAGGAGCGGGAGAAGCUCAACAGGGUGCUGAACACCGGCGGUGCCAUGCGCUACGACGAGGCCAACGAGGGCGUCUCGCACAUCAUUGUGGGCCAACUGGAUGACGGCGAGUAUCGGCAGUGGCAGCGCGACGGUCUCAUGGGUUCGGUGCAUGUGGUGCGGCUGGACUGGCUGCUGGAGAGCAUACGUGCUGGCCGUGUGGUCAGUGAGCUGGUGCAUCGUGUGUCGCUGCCGCAGUGUCGCGAACCCGAUGUGGCCUCGCCAGCGAGCAAGCGAACGUUGCGCUCCAUGAACCACAGUUUCAAGCAGCCCACGUUGCCCAUCAAAAAGAAACUCUUCGAGCAGGAACCAGAGCAGCAACAGCAGCUACAGCAGCAGCUGCAGCAACAGGAACAGGAGCAACAGGAUCAUGACCUUCUGCUCGAUCAGUAUUCGCAGGAUCAGGGUGCUGUGGCCCAAUUGCCGCCGGCGGACAUUAGUCUACUCCAGCCAGCAGCUAGUUCCACUCAAAUGGAGAUAUGCCAGCGCAAAUCCGUGCUGCCCGAUCCACAUCCUCAUCCCCAACUCAGUACCAAUCCGGCUGCAGUCGCCGCUUUGCCAUUGCCCGAUCUUAGUGCCAGCUCACUGGCCAUUGACUACGACAAGCUGGACUACUUUACGGGCAUCUCCGUGUACGUGCACAAGGAGUGCUUCAAUGCGGAGUUCUACAACCAAAUGCUAACCGAAUGUGAGGCUGCCCAGGGUCUGUUGGUCCCCGCGAGCUUUGCGGACGAGGUGGACUUUGCCAUUGUCAGCUUUGAGGUGGCCUUCGAUGUCGCAGAUCUGCCCGUGAAGGCACGCCAUGUGGUCACCGAACUGUUCCUCGAGAGCUGCAUGAAGAAGAACGAACUGCUGCCCCUCGAAUAUUACCAUAAACCAGUGCCAGCCACUGCGUUGCGUAUGCCGCUCAAGGGCAUGACCAUUGUGGUGUCCACCUAUGCGGGCCUGGAGCGGGAUUUCAUCAAUGCGACAGCCGAACUGCUGGGCGCCAGUGUCAAUAAGACCUUCAUCAAGAAGGAGAAACCGCUGCUGGUGUGUCCCACGGCCGAGGGCUCCAAGUACGAGGGUGCCAUCAAAUGGCAAUAUCCCGUGGUCACAUCCGAUUGGCUGGUGCAGUGCGCCCGCACGGGUCACAAGCUACCCUAUGCGUCUCAUUUGGUGGGCAAGAGUCCCGAAGAUUUCCCCAUCUCGCCGCGUUUGCGCGAAAGCAAUACCGUCCGUACGCCCAGGAGACAGGAGGUGACGGUGACGGCACCCGAGGUCACCAUGCAGCAGCAGCUGCAGCAGCGACAGGAAGCGGAAGAGGAGGUGGAGAACCAGCCUGCAGCACCAGAAGUGACACCAUUGCGCAACAAGAGGGUAUCCGAACUGGCCGGAAUUCCGGGGGGCAGCGCACGCCAUCGGAACAGCAGCUCCACCUCAUCACCCGAUUCGCCAUGUACGCCACUUAGCCAGGUGGGUGCACCACCGAACUACAAUCUGGACUUCCUCGAGCAAUUCGUCCAGCGGCUGGACAACGAUGAGGGCAAGGAUUGUGUGCGUCAGAUCAUUCGUGAGAUGCGUGAGAAUCAAACGCCGGAAUUGGAACGCAUACGGCGACAGGCAUGCACACCGGUCAGUCGUAAGCAUCCCCGUCCAGCGCCUGGCAUUCCGGAUUUCUGUCUAACGCCAGAGUUCCAGCAACGGAUGGCGGAUGAUUUCGAGCGGCGCUGGCGCCUGCCCACCCACAAAAUCAAACCCGACACUCCGUUGGCCGUCAUCAGGCAGCGUGUCAUGCGAAUCACAUGCGAAACGCUGGGCAUCGAGUACGACAAUGUUGAUGGUGAUGUUGAGGUGACGCCAGUGGAGGAGCACCAAUCGAACAGGAUGUCAAAGAAGAAGCCACCGGUCAGAAGUCAGGCCAUCAAACUGAAUUUUGAUAAAUCGCCGAAAACACCCAAGCUAACGGUGGGCAGAAAGACGCCACUCAGGGUCUCCAUGGGCUCACCCCGCCAAGCCGGCACCCAAUCUCCCUUUGUGCCCGGCACCCAAAGUCCAGCAGAAGCAUCAUCAUCAUCAUCAGCAGCAGCAACAGCAGCAGCAGCAGCAGCAGCAGCAGCUACUGCCGCUUCAGCACGCCAAUCCGAAGGAGUCAGCACUGUGAACGAUGAGGGCCAAAGCACCAUUGACUUUGACAAGAUCAGUUUCGAGGAGUCCGCUGCAGCUUCAGUUGCGGUGCCGCCGGAUGUCAAACAGAUCACGGACUACCUGCGGAACUGCGAGACGCGACGGAAUAGUUUGAAGCGAAGCCACGACAGCGACAUGGAGUGUGCGGAGAGUGAGGUGCAAUAUGUGCAGCCGUUCGAGUCCGAGGGCUUCGCCCUGGGCACCGAGGACAUGGUCGAUUGGCGUGAUCCCGCCGAGUUCAAUGCGUUCAAUGCGGCCAAGCGGCGAUCGUCGGGCGGUUCGCCCAAGAUGCAGCACAGGGGCACGCCCUGUUUCAGCAUCUCGUGCGGCGAUGAUGAUGAGAAGCGAACGGUUCUAAUCGAACGGAUCGUUCAGUUGGGCGGCAAGAUGUGCGAGAAUCUGGUGAACUACGAUGAUGCAUGCACCCAUUUGCUGUGCGAGCGUCCCAAUCGCGGCGAGAAGAUGCUGGCCUGCAUUGCCGCCGGCAAAUGGAUCCUCAAUUUGCAGUAUAUCGAGCAGUGUCAUGCGCGCGGACACUUUCUCGACGAAUCCCUCUACGAAUGGGGCAACCCGAAGGCACUGAAUUUACCCACUCUGGCACCGGAGGAGGAACCAAUUGCCGCCGCUGUUCAUCGUUGGCGCACCGAUUUGGGUGCACGCCGUGUGGAUGAGGGUAAGGGUGUGGGUGUGGAUGUGGGUGCCUUUUCCAAUCACCGCGUUAUCCUUAGCCUGCACGAACGGAGCGGUGUGCCAAUUAGGAAUGUGCUGCGUGCCGGCGGCGCAUGCAUCCUGGAGCCGAGCUCACCGUUCGCCGGCGAUCCCUUGGCCGCCACAGCCACCCAUUGCUUCGUGGACGCCAAGAAGGCGCCGCUGUCGUCCAGGGACAUGGCCCAUCUCCAGCAGAGCGGUGUGCGAGUGCUCAGCCAGAUGUCCAUCAAUGCCUAUCUGAUGAACGGCCGGGAUGCCGAUCUUGGCAAGUACGAGCUCAAGUAAUUGGAUAAACUCACUUAAUGCCGAUCUAAAAUUCAUCAUCAAUUUUCUCUAUUGUUCCUGUUUGCAAAUUGAUACUUUUUAGUUUACGAAAAAGUUGUUAAUUUAAAGCCUAAAACGGUUUUAAAUUUAAAUAUAUCAUAUGAGACAUUCAUUUGUAAUUAGAAUUUUGCAUUUUUUUUUGUUUGUUUGAAAACAAUUUGAUAUUUUUUCAAGCAUUAUUUGUAAUCUAUACGUAUAAUAAGAAACUAUUUAUGGGCAAAUGAAAAUGAAAAUGCUAAGGAAAUUUAUAAUUAUUAUUUUCUUUUU